UCCCUACAGUGUUUGUGAGAUUUAAGUGCACACAGCCCCUGGCAGAUCCGCUCUAUUUCGUCUCUUUCGUUUUCAUUUCCCGGAAGGAUUCUAAAUAUUGCAGGCGAUCCGCAUAAGAAAAAGACAAACUCUGCUGUGUCAGACUACGACUCAAAUGCUUUCUUCGGUGUAUAUAUCGACCAGCUGUUGAUAUUUUAAUCAGUUAUUGAUAUAAUUAGAAGAGUCUGUCAAGUCUUGAAGGUUGAAGAACAUGAGUGACGCCUCCUCACCGCCACCUUUAAUAAAGCUUCAGCAGAGUUGUAGUGGGAAGGAACCCCAAGUUUGCACGCCCAUUCUGCCCAACCCUCAAAAUGGACCUCCCUCCAUGUAUGAGGCUAUGCCUGAUGAACUGUGCAAGCUACCUGGAAGACUACGGAUCAAUCCUUCUUUGUGGGAUAAAGAGGAUGUGAAUCUCUGGCUGCGCUGGGCUCAGAGGGAAUAUUCUUUGCGACGUGCGGACCACCAAAGAUUUGAGAUGAACGGAAAGGCACUUUGUCUUCUCACCAAGGAGGACUUCCGUCUCCGCUGUCCCAGCUCUGGUGAUGUUCUGUAUGAACUCCUUCAACAUGUGAAGCAGCAAAGGAGAUGUGCAAUCUUCAGUCCGCUGUCGAACUCCAACACGCAGUCACAACAGAUGCUUGACGUGCAUGGGACAACAGGUCCUUGUGUUCCCUCUAACAGAAGUGUUCCUGUUUGUCCUGUGAAUCCAAAUUCUCGGGUGUUAACAGCUGGAUGCAGCACAGAUCAGAGCCAGGAGGGGAAACCCUUAUCUGCUUACCCUGAGCAUCCACAAGCCAUGCAAACUGAGCUUCCUCAAAAUUCUCCUAAGGAAAAAAUGCAACAGACAUCUCCAGACAAAACCAGACAACCUUCUAAUGUUAACUGUACAGAUGAACCUCUCAACCUGUCCAAUAAACCUGAAAGACCUGGAAACACCACACACACCACUGAGGCCAAUGGAAAGAUUGCAGACUGCAAACUCUUAUGGGACUAUGUGUACCACCUGCUGUCGGACAGUAGGUAUGAGGCCUUCAUACGCUGGGAGGAUUCAGACGCCAUGAUCUUCAGAGUGGUGGAUCCCAAUGGACUGGCACGACUCUGGGGCAACCACAAGAACAGGGCCAAUAUGACCUAUGAGAAAAUGUCUAGAGCAUUACGUCAUUACUACAAGCUCAACAUUAUCAAAAAAGAGACAGGGCAGAGGCUGCUCUUCCGGUUCCUGAAGACCCCUGAGGAAAUAAUGCAAGGCAGAUCAGAGCGUGCAGAACCUUUAGAGUCUCCUGAUAGUCCUGCAUCCCCUGACUACAGAGAAGAUGCUCUGGAAGUAUCACCUGUAUCGACCCCUACUACCCCGAGCCCCAGCUCUGAUCACAACUUCAGCAUAUCCCCAAUCCCAUGACACUCACUUCUACAUCCUGACCCAGGGUCAGCCUUAGUAACCAAUUAACCUGACCUUUUAAAAUGGGAAACCCCAGAGCUGAACAUCCGAUACAGUAUGGUAAGGAGAUAAGGACUGCCGUCUACAGCUCCAGAGAUUGUUGAUAUUCUGUGGCAGAACCAAUGGAAUAUUUUUGGAGAUGCUCUGUUGAAGUUUACAUUUGACUCAGGGUGGUUUAUGCAGUUGUUUGCUGUGAGUAUGCGUUGAAAGCUAAACGACACUAAUUAAUCAACGCAACAAUUAUAAUUUGAUUCUCAUAGUCUUGUUGUUUGGAGUUGAUAUGAAAUGUUCUCUCAGGUUGUAAAAUUGUGCAAUGUUUUUUUUUUUUUUCUUUACAUUUUUUGCAUAUUUUUGGACUGCACUGCAUUAAUCAAGUAACAUUAUUAAUAUGUACACUGAAAUCUGUUUUCAAUAAUUGCCUAAUAACUGUAUAAAAGUAAUUGACAAAUUAGAUGCUCGUGAACUUUUUUUUUAUAUAUAUUUUACGUUAAAAUAGAUUAUGAAUGUAUAAGGGAAAGUUUAUAUUUUAUUAAA